AUGGGUGCAGGGGUUAAGAUCUGGAAUCCCUUUGAAGUUGCAGAGCAAGCUCGCCACGACUAUGCCUCGCAGAUUCAUCCCUCGAAUCUUACCAUCGACCCUUCGCUCGAGCUUCCGCAAAUGACACCUCUCGUCCUAAAGCUGUGCAAGGAUAUGUUCAAGGCGUGGGAAAAUUUGGCUGAUUCUUGCUUUGUUGUUGAGAAAAUUUCCGGGGGAAUUACAAAUUUGUUACUCAAGGUUUCAGUUAAACCAGAAAAUUGUUUUGAGGAAAUUAUCACCAUCAGAUUGUAUGGACCCAACACUGAGUACAUUAUAGAUCGUCGGCGGGAAUUGCAGGCUACCAAAUUCAUCACAGCUGCAGGAUUUGGUGCUCAGUGGCUUGGCAUAUUUGGGAAUGGCAUGGUGCAAUCUUUUAUUAAUGCGAAAACUCUAUCACCUUCAGAUAUGCGGGAGCCAAAGCUGGCUGCUAAAAUAGCUAAGCAACUUAAAAGAUUUCAUUCUGUGGAAAUUCCAGGCUCAAAGGAACCUCAAUUAUGGAAUGAUGUUUGGAAGUUCUUUGAGCAAGCAUCUGUUCUUGAAUAUGAUGAUAGUGAAAUGCAGAAGACUUAUAAAACGAUUUCAUUCAAGGAAAUUCAUGAUGAAAUUGUUGAGCUCAAGGGAUUGUGUGAUCUACUCAAAUCUCCUGUAAUUUUUGCUCACAAUGACUUGCUUUCUGGAAAUAUAAUGAUUAAUUAUGAAGAAGAUAAACUUUACUUCAUUGAUUAUGAAUAUGCAUCAUACAACUACAGAGGCUAUGAUAUAGGAAACCACUUCGCAGAAUAUGCUGGCUUUGAUUGUGACUUCGAUUUAUACCCAAAUAUAAAUGAACAACAUCAUUUCCUCAGGCAUUACAUACAACCUGAGAGACCCCAUGAGGUGUGUGAGAAAGAUCUUGAAACAUUCUAUGUUGAGGCAAAUACAUUUUCCCUUGCCUCUCACAUUUUCUGGGCAUUGUGGGGUCUAAUUCAGGCAAAGAUGUCCCCAAUUGAAUUUGAUUAUCUUGGUUACUUUUUCCGUCGAUACAAGGAGUACAAAAGACAGAAAGAGAAGAAUUUCUUGCUUGCACGGAGCUACAUUUCAGGAUGCAAGAAUGAGUAG